AUGAAAACGGGCCGUCAGGCAUUAUAUCACAAGGGGAAGCAAAAAAUAAUGAAAAUGUGCGAGCAAGAGGGCCUUAUGCAUACGCGUGUGGCGAAUGAAAGAGAUAGAGGCAGCACACUAAGGGAGUUGGAGGGCGAACCGGUUCUGCAUGUGUGCAGACAGACGUUACCCUUCCCCCUUCCCUCGCCAGCCGACCCUCGGCUACGAGGGCCGUGUAUUGUCGGCUUUCCCCGAAGCGUUGCAAUAAUAAUAAUACCAACUUACUCCCCUUACUAA